AUGUAUCGUCUUACAGAUUUUGAUCCCGUUGCUGCAGUUGCUGAAGACUCAAAUGGCCCUGUCACUGUAUGUCGCAAUAAAAAAACGGGGCGUCUAAACGCCGUUCAGCAACUCAAAAUUGCAAGGUCCCGUUAUGGAAUCUCUUCAAAUGAAGUUGAUGAGAUUACGAAAAUUAAAAAGCUGAACCAUCCGAAUAUUGCGAAUUUGGAGCAAAUAAUCGCUGAUCUCGGUGAAACAUAUUUGAUAUAUGAGUGCUUGCAUUUCGAUCUGAGAACCUACAUGGAUAUUCAUAAUAAGAACACUGGACUGCCUUCACAAACUGUCAAGAUCCUGUGGUAUUAUCCGCUUGAGAUUCUGUUUAACGACUCCAUAUACAAUUGCGCCGUUGACAUGUGGUCUUUGGGCUGCAUAUUCGCGGAAAUGUCUACCGGGGUCCCACUGUUUCCCGGUGACUCAAGGAUAGACCAAAUUCUCUGCAUAUUCCAAACGAUGGGACUACCUACGGAGAAAGAGUGGGAUGAUGUUUCAAAAAUGCUUCCAAAUGAUCGUGAAGCAUUUCUGCGUUUUAAUGUAAACAAACUCGACAAACAAAGAGCGUUAAAACAGCUACUUGGACUAGAGGGCUUUAAUUUACUAAAAGUAAGUAUAUGUCUUAUAAAUUCCCGUCGAACCCUACCUUUCCCGGUACCAGUGUUCCAUUAA